AUGGCAGGAACCUUAAAUUUAAAUGAUUUAAAAGAUGAAGCUAUAUUAUAUUAUGAAAAUGCUUUAAGUUAUGUUUUUUCAAAUUCUAGUGAUGAAAAUAAAAAGGAAAUACCAUUAUGUGUUAUAUAUCCGAAUGAAACUAUAAAAGUUGGUUUUCCAAUAUAUUCUAUUAAGAAUAUAAAUAAAAAUGAAAAUGUUAUGAAUGAAGAUGAUAAUAAUAAUAAUAGAUUUAAUGAAGAACCAUUAAUUACAUAUGCCUCAGAAUCUAAAUAUUUGUAUCCUACGAAAGUUAGGGUAUUUUAUGGUAUACUAUAUUUAUUGAUAUUUCUGGAAGUCUUUGUUACCCUAUAUUUUAAAGAUAAUAUAAAUUAUAUUACCAGUGGAGAAAUAAAUUUAGGACAAAAAGUAAUUUAUACUUUGAUGUGUGUAUCUCAUUUUUUAGUUAUAAUGUCAAAAUUUAAAAAAUGUAAAUCAUAUUUAUUUGAUAUAUAUACAUCAUUAAGUUUAUUUUUUUUUAUAUUAUCUGUUUUAACAAUUAAUUGUUUUAGUAGUGCUUUCAUUUCCAUAAUACAAUUUUUUAUUUUUUAUUUACAUCUUAAAAUUAAUUUUUAUGUUAUGCCUCAAUCAUGUGUUAUUCCUCCAUAA